GAAGGGAUUGUCGGCUUGAUAAUGUCAUCGUUUGCUAUCAUACUGCAUCAGUUUGCGAGGUCGCCCAGCAUAACGGGAGCAUAUGUAAUCGUCGAUGAAGUGUGAAAGUUUUUUUUUAUUGAUUACAUUCCGUGGAGUACAAUGACUAAGUAAAAGAUUGCACCUGAUCUCGAUCCAACACCUGUAGACACAGUGCAUUCGGGUUAAACUAACAGUGCAGUGCAGACAUAUUGGGAGUCACACACAUACAUACAUAGUGGAUUUACUUGCUGCUGCACUGGUCCACAGCCAUGACGGAAAGAACUCAGAGUAACGCUUCAAGGAAGAUUUCUGUUGAGUUAGAGAGCCCACCAGCGAAAAGCUUUCCUGAUAAGGCAACAAGAGACCAAGACACACAAGAUCACGUGACGCAAGGUCUGGGCGUGCUGACGGCGGUCGUCUUCCUGGUGGGCGAGAUGGCCGGCUCGGGUGUGCUGGCCCUCCCCAACGCCCUCGAGAACGCGGGCUGGAUUGGCAUUGUCAUCAUUGUGGCAUGUGCUGCCAUCUCCGCCUACACUGGUCAGAUACUGGGCCGCUGCUGGACCAUAGUACAGGACCGAUACCCUUCUCUCAGAGGCCACGUGCGCUACCCGUACCCUGCUAUGGGUUAUAUCACCUACGGUACCAUUGGCAGACUGGUCGUCUCAUUCUCCAUCAACUUCACCAUGUUUGGAGCAUCUGUCGUGUACCUGCUGCUGGCCUCUCAGAAUGUGCAGGACAUCGUAAAGCACUUGUUCAAGUUCAACUGGUCCUUCUGCUACUGGAUGUUGGUAGUCGUCUGCAUCUUGCUGCCAAUCUCCUGGCUUGGCACACCCAAGGACUUCUGGCCCAUCGCCGUUGGUGCAAUGGCAGCCACAAGCAUUGCCUGCGUCAUCCUAGUAGCCAACAUGACCGUGGACAUACCCGACAAUCCCAGGGUCAUCCACUCGGAUGUCACCCUCCUGUCCUUCGCCCAGGCCUUUGGCACCAUCUGCUUCGCGUUCGGAGGACACCCGAUGUUUCCAACGUUUCAGUCCGACAUGAGGGAGCCGUCUAAAUUCCCUCGAGUGUGCUACUUCGGCUUUUUAGCCCUAGCGGUGAUGUACUUGCCAGUGGCAACUUCUGGCUACUUCGUGUACGGCAAAAGCGUCAAAGCCAACCUGCUGCAGUCCAUCAGCCCCGGCGCCAUGCGGAUGAUUGCAGAAAUCCUGGUGACGGGCCACUUGUUCUGCGGCUUCAUCAUCAUUAUCAACCCAGUCUGCCAGGAAAUUGAGGAACUGCUCAAGAUCGAGAAACAUUUCAACUGGAAGCGUGCCGUUGUCAGGUCGCUGAUGUGCUUGCUGGUGGCGUUUGUGGCUAUAAGCAUACCGCACUUUGGCACCAUCCUGUCGCUGAUUGGGGGCUCUACCACCACCCUCCUAGCCUUCAUUGCACCCCCGCUUAUCUACCUCAAGCUUGCUGCCACCGAUGGACCUUGGAAAAGCUUCACAGUCCCACUGUUCGAGAAAGUUGCCAAUGUUGAAAUUAUGGUAGUUGGCUUAGUGGCUGGGGUCGCUGCAACAUACUCGGCCAUCUUAUCCCUGGCCUCACCAGAUGCCUUCACCCCGCCAUGCUACAUCAACAUAACAGCUGCCAGUGGAUCUUAGCGUCCUCAUGAAUCUCACCAAAUGUAUGCACUCAAAGUUCAGAACAGGCUGGAACAGUUCACACAUGUAAAUAUUAUGGGAAAAAACUUACUCUCUUAAAGGUCCUUUUCGGCACCUUUAAGAUUUGGGGGCGAUAUACAUUUCUGUCAUCUUGAAUGGUUUGUCAGGUUCUUGCAUGACAGUAAGAAAUACUGUUCUACACAGAAGAAGCUUUGGUUAUCUUGUCAUGUCAUGUAAUCUUAAUCCCCCUUCCCCCACUCUCAGGUCAACAGGCUUUCCAUGAUAAACCAGUAUCAAAAUGCAACAUGAAUAAAACACUCAGGUCCAUUAAUUCAACAAGCUACAUACCCCUCGCCCUAAAAUU